UUCAAUUCAGUCUGUAAUCUUUAUUUUGUUACAAUUAAAUCUUUGUUCAUUUUUACUUUGCUGUAAACGAAUCUCUCUCCCUCCCUGUUUUUACAAUCAUACUUCUGAAUCUUGAUCUCUUCUAUUUUAAUUUUUAAAACUAUUAUAGAAAUGUUAGGCAAAGCAAGAUUCAAAGUAAUGAGAAGACAACCUUCACCAAUUCUAGAGAAAUUAUGUCGUCAAUUUUCAUUAGCUGAGCUCAAAGCUGCCACCAACAGCUUCCACGAGAAUAAGAUUCUUGCUGAAGGUACUUUUGGAACAGUAUACAAAGGAAUUAUCGACGAUGGGAGUCACGGAAGCUUGGAUGUUGCUCUCAAACGCUUUAAUAAGUCCAAGUCAUUUCAUAGUGGAGUUGAAGAGUUCAGAACCGAGUUGGAGUUGCUUUGCCAGCUGCGCCACCCCAAUAUUGUCUCCCUUAUUGGUUUUUGUAAUGAGAAAGGGGAGAUGAUUCUUGUGUACGAAUAUAUGAGGUAUGGAUCGCUGCGUGCUCAUAUCAUCCAACGUAUGCCUGCUCAUAUGCUCCCAUGGAAGCUGAGGUUAAAGAUAUGUAUUGCAGCAACUCGUGGAUUGCAUUACCUGCACACUGGAGCAAAGUAUGCUAUAAUCCACCGAGAUUUCAAGAGUGCCAGUAUUCUUCUAGGUGAAAAUUGGGUAGUUAAGAUUUCUCAUCUUGAGCUAUCCAAGAUUGGUCCGCUUAGCACGGCAAAGCCAAAGGCUUCCAUAAAAAUGGAGUCAAGAAUUGCAGGUACUAUCAUUUAUAUGGCUCCAGAGUAUGCCAGACAUGGUGAACUUAGUGAAAAAUGUGAUGUGUUCUCGUUAGGUGUUAUCCUGUUUGAAGUAUUAUGCGGUAGAUUGGCAUAUGAUGAGUAUGGAUUUUUUCCAGAACGCAAUCUAGUUGCUUGGAGCUAUAAAUGCUUGAGAGCUGGCAACGUUUAUGAUAUCAUUGAUCCAUAUUUGAGAGGGAAAAUAGCACCUGAUUGUUUAGUAAAAUUUGUGGAGAUUGCUUAUAGUUGCCUUCAUCCAAAGGCAAGUGAACGACCGUCCUUGGGAGAAGUAGAGUUAACGCUAGAGCUUGCACUGGAGCUGCAACAGAAAGCUGACUCUGUUGUGAAGACUGUCAAUACUUAUAAUGGUUAUACUUAUCAAGAAGUACUACUUCAUCUAUCCCCUGGAGAUCAUGAUGAAUACUUGUACAAGCUGGAUGAUAUCCACUCCCUUGUGAUGGAGAGACCUGGAUCAUGGCAUUAUGACUGGGCCACUUCGCACUGCAUCAUUGGGAAUAGUAAAGACUGUUCUGGCACCAAAAGAACCUAGGCAAUUUCCAGGGAUGGUAAGACCAUGUAAAAUGAACUAAUGACAAUUCUGACAGCAACAGAAUUCAGUUGUUGGUCCCUGUUGGUUCUGUGACACAUUCCAUGUUCUUCUCUCAGCUUCCUUUCUGAAUGAAAAAUAUCC